AUGAGGCUAACUGCAAACAGUGAGAUUUCAGAAAUUGAACAAACAAGGGAUUUUGCAAAAUGGAUUUUGGACUUAGGAGAAGGAAAAGUUGGAAGUGAUAACGAUGGUGAAGCAGUUAUUGAGAUACCUCAUGAUCUUCUCAUUACCGAUUCCGUUGAUCCUAUAUUUGCAUUAAUCGAAUUUGUCUAUCCCUCAAUUCUUGAAAACAUCAACAACUCAACUUAUUUUCAAGAACGAGCAAUACUUGCACCAAAAAAUGAAGUCGUUCAAGAAGUAAAUGAUUGUUUGUUGUCAUUGUUUUCAGGAGAAGCAAAGGAGUAUUUAAGUUCAUAUAUGCUAUGUGAAUCAGAGCACCUUCAUGAUGAGUUUGAUAAAACUUUGUACUCUCCUGAUGUUUUAAAUGGUCUUAAAUUAUCAGGGAUACCAAAUCAUAAGAUUUUACUAAAAGUUGGUGUUCCUAUCAUGUUACUUAGGAAUAUUGGUCAAAAAUCUGGAUUAUGUAAUGGAACUAGACUGCGGGUGUUAACAUUGGGAAAUCGAGUGAUAGAAGCACAAGUUAUAUCUAGAAGCAAUAUUGGAAGUCGUACAUUCAUUCCAAGAAUGUCUUUAACGCCUACAGACAAAAGGAUAUCAUUCGAAUUUCAAAGGAGACAGUUUCCAAUUGUUGUAUGUUUUGCCAUGACCAUUAAUAAGAGCCAAGGACAAUCAUUAUCAAAAGUUGAUUUAUUUCUAAGACAAUCGGUCUUCACCCAUGGCCAGUUAUAUGUUGCUUUAUCCAGAGUCAAAAGCAAGCAAUGUUUGAAAGUACUAAUUAUGGAUGAUGAUGGUAUUAUUGACAGUAAAACAACGAAUGUUGUAUAUAAAGAAGUGUUUGGUAGUAUAUGA